UCAUUCUAAACAAACUGUCAAACAAAAUAACCUAGCUUUUGAUGAAAUACCGCUUCAAAAGAUUGAUUGUUUAUAAGUUUAGAAUAAUUUAUCCGUUAAUUCAAUCACUUAUCAAAUCCAAGUAGUCUACUAUUUCUCUCACCUAAUCGUAAACUUAACGUAGUCAUGGCUGAUGAUGGUGAAAAUAUCUCUGUGAUGACCGUGAAGGAGCCUCUAGAUCUUAUACGACUCAGUUUAGAUGAAAGGAUAUACGUAAAAAUGCGCAAUGAGCGCGAACUGAGGGGAAAGUUACAUGCCUAUGACCAACAUUUGAAUAUGGUACUUGGUGAUGCAGAAGAAACUAUAACCACAGUAGAAAUUGAUGAAGAAACAUAUGAAGAAGUCUACAGAACAACUAAAAGGAACAUUCCCAUGUUAUUUGUAAGGGGUGAUGGUGUCAUACUUGUGUCUCCUCCAGUGAGAGUUGGUGUCUAAUAUAAGAAUAAAUAUAAGUUAAAUAAAAGCUACAUUUACAUACA